AUGGAAUUUUUAGCAAAAAUAUUAUAAAUUAUAACAAGUAUAAUUUUAAUUUCAUCAUUUUAUAAUGUUUACUAUAAUUGUUUAAUAAUAUGGUUUUAUUCUUAAGAUUCCUUCUUUCAUUUAGACUCAAUAGGAUUAACAUUUUACAUACUAUAUAUUUAUUUAUUUAUAUUAACUUGUAUUUCCUAUUUAAAAUCAUGUUUUUCAGAUCCAGGCUAUAUAAGUAAAAAUAUAAAACCACCUUUAGAUUUAUUAGAUGAAAAAUCAAUAAAUUAUUGUUAAAAAUGCAUUCAUAAAUAAUGGAAACCAAUGAGAGCUCAUCAUUGUAAAACUUGCAAAAAGUGCGUUUUUAGAAUGGAUCAUCAUUGUGAAUGGAUUAAUAAUUGCGUAGGCAUCAAAAACUAGAAAUAUUUUAUCCUUUUUUUAGCUUAUGCUUUCUUUUUAUCUCUUUUUACUUUACUAUUAUUUAUUAUUAGUGCUUCUUUAUAUUUUUAUUCUUGUAGUUCCUUUUAUAAAGCCUUAUUAUAAAUAAAUAUGAGAAAAAUAGUCGUAAAUAUUUUUUUAUAUUUUUUUUUAUUUUAAAUUUAAAAUAAAUUAUUUUAGUGUAUAAUUUUUAGCCUUAUGGCAGCAUUUUUCAUGUAUUUUACUUUAGAUUUUUUAUAAGACUAAUUUGAAUCAAUAAAAGAAAAUCAAACAACAGUAGAAUCUUAUAAAGAAAAAUAUGGAAUGCCUGAUUCUUUUAUGAAUCUAUUUAAAUAAAUUUUUGGUAAUAAUGUUAUUUCUUGGUUUUUUCCUAUUUAACCAUAAUUAAAUUCAAAUUAUAUGGAAUUAAUUUAUACAUAAAAUAAUAUAAAAACCAUAAUAAAAGAAAAUAUAUAGUUUCCUGAAUAAUAAUUUAAUGAUUAAACAUGUGGAAAUUAUAAAGAAUAUUAAAAAUAUUAAGUUAAAUAUUGA